AUGACAGCCCAAGGUGGCAAUGACAUCAUCUCAGUGGGAAAACUGUCUGAAAAUAAAUUGCCCAUGGAAGAAUUAAGGAGCAAAUCCAAGAUCUGUGCCAAUGUGUUUUGUGGAGCCGGCCGGGAAUGUGCGGUCACAGAAAAAGGAGAGCCCACCUGCCUCUGCAUUGAGCAAUGCAAACCUCACAAGAGGCCUGUGUGUGGCAGUAACGGCAAGACCUACCUCAACCACUGUGAGCUGCAUCGAGAUGCCUGCCUCACUGGAUCCAAAAUCCAGGUUGAUUAUGAUGGACACUGCAAAGAGAAGAAAUCCGUAAGUCCAUCUGCCAGCCCAGUCGUUUGCUAUCAGUCCAACCGUGAUGAGCUCCGGCAUCGCAUCAUCCAGUGGCUGGAAGCCGAGAUCAUUCCAGAUGGCUGGUUCUCUAAAGGCAGCAACUACAGUGAAAUCCUGGACAAGUACUUUAAGAACUUUGAUAAUGGUGACUCUCGCUUGGACUCCAGCGAAUUUCUGAAAUUUGUGGAGCAGAAUGAAACUGCCAUCAAUAUCACCACCUAUCCAGACCAGGAGAACAACAAGCUGCUUAGAGGACUCUGUGUUGAUGCUCUCAUUGAACUGUCUGAUGAGAAUGCUGACUGGAAACUCAGCUUCCAAGAGUUCCUCAAGUGCCUCAACCCAUCUUUCAACCCUCCUGAGAAGAAGUGUGCCCUGGAGGAUGAAACAUAUGCAGAUGGAGCUGAGACCGAGGUGGACUGUAACCGCUGUGUCUGUGCCUGUGGAAACUGGGUCUGUACAGCCAUGACCUGUGACGGAAAGAAUCAGAAGGGGGCCCAGACCCAGACAGAGGAGGAGAUGACUAGAUACGUCCAAGAGCUCCAAAAGCACCAGGAAACAGCUGAAAAGACCAAGAGAGUGAGCACCAAAGAGAUCUAAUGAGGAGACACGUAGGAUGGUGUAUGGAGCCUGCACCUUCUCUUCCACUUCAGCGCUGAGUCCACUAUACGCGAGUGUCUGCUACAAUCGCCAAAUCACCAGUAUUCGCUUGUAUAGCAGCGAGUUUUAUUUUGUUUAUUUGUUUUGCAAUACGAGAUGUGGGGGUGGCUGGCUAGGAGAAGAAGGGCCAUCCCCUUCAUUUCUAGGAGUGCUUUAAGAGAAACUUUAAAUGGUGCUCUGGGGCUGGAGACAAGUAAAGAAAUUGCAUCAGAGCUGGGAAAGGAACAGACUCAGAUCUGAACCCCUCUGAGUCCUCUGUAGCUGUCAGCUGGCUGCAGGAAGUGCACCCAAGGCCAGAGAGAACUUAGCAGGCUGUCCCUGGAGGAGGAGGUUUUGGAAGCUCCACGGAGAGGAACACAUUCUCCUUCCGGCGCCUUUCUCUCGUCAUUAUGAUAGACCUUCAGCAUCUGUGCUUCUCUUGGUCUCAGUCACUGCCUCCAGAUACACAGCCAUCCCGCUAGCUACCCAGUGUCCUUCAGACUUGGAUGGAGUUUCUGGGAGGGUGCGCCCAAAUGAUGCAGAUACUUGUAUACUUUGAGCCCUUUAGUGACCUAACCAAAUUUUCAAAAUACUUUUUACCAAAGGUGCUAUUUCUCUGUAAAACACUUUUUUUUUUUUUUUUUGGCAAGUUGACUUUAUUCUUCAGUUAUUAUCAUUAUAUUAUUGUUGUUUAAUAUUUUAUUUUCUUGACUAGAUAUUAAGCUUUUGUAAUUAUUUUUCAGUAGUCCUGCCAUAGGUGGAAGGAGUUUGGGGUUCUUCCUAGUGCAGGGACCUAUAUAGCCUCCAUGCCCCCCACCCUACCACAUACUAGAUACAGCCCAGAGUUGGCCCCCCUAGCUUCCAGCAGGUCAGUUCUCUACCAGAGGAGGCCAGGGGUGCUUCAGAAACAGGAGAAGGGGAAGUGUCUUUAUACAAAACUUUCAAGAUCCAAAAGUUAAUUUGAAUUUAUUCUGAGAAGUUCAGGCAAAUCAGUAUUCUGAAGGAUGGAGACAGGUCUGCCAAGCAAGGCUUUGGAUAUCCCAACCUAGCGAUAUGCUCAUUGAUCAGCCACCAACUAGAAGUGUGACUUGGGCUCUGUCUCAUCCUAUAUCUGGGCCUCAGUUUAUCAGUGAGUUGGUAAAAAUCCAUUAAGCUUUUGAUAAAUUCAGUAGUUCUGGUAACUGGUCCAGAGGGAGACAAGUUCCUAUGAUUUUCCUUCAGCUCACAAUAAAUGAAACCAUGUUGUUACAACUAGAAAAGUCAGACAACCAAAAACAGGGUAACCAAAUUUGACCUCAGCCUGAAUGACCCUGCAGGUUGUGCUGUGAAGCUGAUCCCUCAUGGGUAAAGCCUGCCCUGGAAGAUAGUGGUGAAGAGAACCACCCCACUGGUCAUCUGCAUUUCAUAUUUAACCUCUGGUUGGAAACAGAAAGAGCUUUCCCUUUAGAGAUGAGGAAAAAAGAAGGUUUCAAAUUGAAGAGGGGGAAAAAUGGAGAUUGAAUCUUAAAACUGUGACUUGGCGAGACAUCAUUUGUUCACAGUCAGUCCUGUGUCUGUUGGCCUCUUAUCAUUAACCUCACUCACCACCAUGUUAAGAUGCAUUGAUGAUAACAAAGAUUAAAAAUUUGACAUAGGAUCUCAUUUGCAUAAAGCAGAUUUAAGUUGUACUGCACAAGCAGCUGUGAGAAACUGUUGUGCCAAAAAUGGAACGCCUAAAUAGUUUCCCUUGUUCCCAUUUGAAAGGAGAAAAUUCCACUUUGUUUAGCAUUUUGAGCUUUUGCAUAUCAUCCCAUUUAAAAAUUCUUCAGACCCCACUUGAGCAGUCUGCAAUGCAGCUCCCUGUCCAAGUGCCUUGGAGAACUCACAGCAGCAUGCCUUAAUCCAAAGAAGUUUUGCCAGCCUUUGGACACUAUGGGAGAGGGCAGAGUACUAGUUUGUUUAAAGCAAGAAACCACAGUGUCUCUUCAUUAGUCACAUUUAGAACAGUGGUUACCAUCCAAGACCACCCUACCCUGCAACACUGAAUUCCCAAGAGCAAAUCCACAUUCUUGAGUUCUGCUGCUUCUGUGUAAAUAGGGCGGCUGUUGUCUGCACCAUAGAAUCACAUGAUCUGAGGACCAUUCAUGGAAAGCUGCUAAAUAGUCUAGUCUGGGGAGUCUUGCACAGAGAUUUGCAUGGGGCAAACAAAUAGGAUUAAAUCGGGUUCCGUUCCUUCAGCCCUCUAAAAGCAUAGGGCUUAGACUGCAAGCUUCCCUGGGCUUUCUCUGUGUAUGUGUGUAUGGUUUUAUAAACAUUACAGCAUCUAUUAAGAUCCAGUGUCCAUGGGGUCCUUCCCAUAUGCUGUGACUCUGGACUCUUAUCACUGUUUUUGGAAAGCAGGGCUCUUCUGCCUGAUAAUAAGCCCAAGUGGACCAGUCUGAAUGUCUUUCCUUUACACCAAUGUUUUUAAAUAGUCAAAGUACAAGAAACAGUUUGAACAGGUUUCUGUUGCCUAUGUGUUUGUGAAAAUGUAUUUGUAUUUUAGUAGGCUUUCGUACUGCAUUUAACUUGUUAUAAUUCCUGAUUCUUUUUUUUUCCCAGAUACUAUUGAUAAAUAAAGAAAUUAAAGUAAUA